AUGUCCUUGCGAUUACUCGCUUGGUUAGCGACUGCCCCUUGGCUCACGACCUCCGACAGCUGGUGCCAUGUCGUCCAAUGGCAACAAGGCCAAGGAGAAGAGCCAAUCUUCGAAGACCAAGCUCAAGGGGAACAAGGACGCCAAAUUCGAUUGGUCCCGGACUUGCGGACCAGACCCGAGGGAUCCGAGAUGCAGCGGAGCCCGUGCGCUCGGUGCAAGCUGAGGCUCAGCUACACCCCGUCAUGGGGUGCGCAUGCCCUCACCCGCAAACCGGGUGCACUCCCUGCGGACGUGGAGAAGCAGGUCGACGAGCUGCGCGGCCUACAGGCUGAAGCUUCGGGACAAGGACAUCGGUUUGGACGGAGCCGAGAAGAGCUGCCUCAACCAACUCGAGAAGAUCAAGGCGCAGAAAGCGGCCUACAACAAGGACAAGCCGGCAGCCGCUCCACAGACCGAGGGCCCUAUCAUGCAAUGCUACCAGGCCGCAAAGGCCGGAAGACCGAGUCGGCGGAGGAGCUAGAGGCAAAGCAGAGAGAGGAGACGGUGGACAGCCCUGGCGACCGAGAAGGCCGAGGAGAACUAUAUAACCUGGACUAUGAACUCAUCCCGGAGAAUGAGGCCAUCCAGGACUUUGACAACAACGAGCCCCACAAGCCCGAGGAGAACUAUCUCGUGAAGAACCUGGACAACACCUUGACCAAGCACUUGGUGAACUAUGUCCAGGAGUACUUUGAUGACAUGGAAGAGGAGAUCUUUGCUUGUGGUGGCAUGCGAGAAGAUGAUCGACUUGAUCUAUACUGGAACUUUGCUGCGAGGAGAACAGCCUACUCACUGAGGGAGAAGGUUCAGAAGACCAUUGAUGAGAAGAAACCACGUUGGGUUUGGGUUUCUUAUCCCUGCGGACCUACAAGCCACAUCCAGCACUUGAAUGAGAUCAGUGAGGAGGGCUGGUGGCAAAGUAUGAGACGAAAACAACGAGCACGAAGGUUGGUGAAACAUGGCAAUGAGAUCCUCCUCAAGUACAUCCAGAAUGGUGGCAAAUUGGUGUGGGAACGGCCUCGCUACAACGAAGGGUGGCAUCUUCCUGAGGUGCGUUCGUUCUGGGCACAGAUUGCUCACAUCGACCACAACCUGGACGGCUGCAUGUUCAACCUACGUGCGCAAGAUGGCAACUACCACAAGAAACCCUGGACUUUGAGAAGUAACAGAUUUGGAGUCUUCAGCAAGAUGGAGCGACUUUGUGAUGGAAGCCACAAACACUCUCCAACAAUGGGUGGAACUGUGGCGAAGAAGUCAGGGCUCUACACACCACAGAUGUGCUCUUUGGCAGCCCGAUGUAUGAAGGCCUACUACUUGGAGGACUACAACAUCUACGGCUUGGACUCUGUGAAGAUUGACCGGGAGUCGCUGAAGACGAUGACCUAUCAGGAGAUCGAGCGCCUCUCGCUCACGGUCCUCAAACUACAUCGUCGAUGUGGACAUUCUGGAAACAGAGCACUGGUGAAGAUCCUUGCUGCUCGCAACGCCGACCCUAAGAUGCUGGCGAUUGCGGAGAACUUGCAGUGCGACGAAUGUCAAGAAGGACAGUUCAGCAAGCCCUCUGUAGCUGUUGCUUUGGAGUAG